AUGGCGGCCGGAGCAAUUCUUAAGACGACUGCUACCUUAACGGUAAUCACAACCCUGAUUAUUGUCGGAACAGGGUUGUUCUAUAUGCUCAGUGGUCAAGGACACAGAUUCGAUAUUGCAUGGUUCUUGACAUCUACUUCACCUCAUAUGUGGGCUGGUCUCGGUAUCGGAUUCUCGCUCUCUUUAUCCGUCCUCGGAGCCGGAUGGGGAAUCUUCACAACUGGAUCAUCUAUUCUCGGAGGAGGAGUAAAGGCCCCAAGAAUCAGAACGAAGAAUCUGGUCUCCAUCAUUUUCUGUGAAGCCGUCGCUAUUUUCGGUAUCAUCAUGGCUUUCGUCUUCGUCGGAAAGCUUGCUGAGUUCCGUCGUGAAGAUCUUACCAACGAUGCUGAUGGAGCGACCAUCCUUGCCCGCAAUCUUGCUGCUGGUUACAUGAUUUUCGGAGGAGGACUUACCGUGGGACUGUCCAAUCUUGUUUGCGGUCUUGCUGUCGGAAUCGUCGGUUCUGGAGCCGCUAUUGCUGAUGCUGCCAACCCCGCACUUUUCGUCAAAAUUCUUAUUAUCGAAAUUUUCGCCUCCGCCAUUGGCCUCUUCGGAAUGAUCAUCGGAAUUGUUCAAACCAACAAGGCGUCGUUCGGAAACAAGUAA